CAUCUGAACCCCCCAGUUCUUCAGGAGGAGCCCCAGAAGGAAGCGAGGAGGGUACACCGGAGAGACGUCCUUGAAAACGACGAAGUUGAGCCGGAGGAGCUGGAGGACACCUCCCAGGUGAUCCUGUUCCCUUCUACAGACGUGCCCUGCGAGCCCACACAGCCGGACAAGCUGCUGGAGGAAGAAGGGAUUUUCACCUACCUCUUCCAGCCCUCAGCGCACACCCUGAGCCGCGUGGUGACCUCUGCCCAGCUCUGGUUUGUGCAGCUUUGCUGCGCUGCCCUGCCCGGCACCAUGCGCUCCCUGCGCGUCCGCACCACCUCUGACGGCGGGUACUCCUUCAAGUACGAGACAGUGCCCAACAUCCUG